AUGGGACUCCCGCACCGCCACCUGUGCACCGCCUCUAGCGCCCGGGCCCUGUCGAGGCUGCUGUUGCCGCUGCUCGUGACGCAACUGUGGGCCGCGGAGGCGGUGCUGCUCCCCAGAAACGACACUGGCGUGGACCUUGUGGCCUCCGGCGCUCCUUGCGCACGCGGUUCGCAGCCUUGGCAGGUCUCCCUCUUCAGUGGCCUCUCGUUCCACUGCGCGGGCGUCCUGGUGGACAAGAGUUGGGUGCUCACAGCUGCGCACUGCCGGAACAACAAUCCUCUAUGGGCUCGCGUUGGGGACGACCACCUGCUCCUCCUCCAGGGCGAGCAGCUCCGCCGGACCACUCGCCAUGUCAUCCACCCCAAGUACCACCAGGGCUCAGGCCCCAUCCUGCCAAGGCGGACAGAUGAGCAUGACCUCAUGCUGCUGAAGCUGGCCAGGCCCGCUGUGCUGGGACCUCGCAUCCAGACCCUGCGCCUGCCCUACCGCUGUGCUCAGCCCGGAGACGAGUGCCAGGUCGCUGGCUGGGGUACCACGGCUACCCGAAGAGUGAAGUACAACAAGGGCCUGAGUUGCUCCAGGGUCACUGUCCUGAGCCCUAAAGAGUGCGAGGUCUUCUACCCUGGUGUCGUCACCAACAACAUGAUGUGUGCAGGACUGGACCAGGGUCAGGACCCCUGCCAGAGUGACUCCGGUGGCCCUCUGGUCUGUGACAAGACCCUGCAGGGCAUCCUUUCAUGGGGCGUUUACCCCUGCGGCUCAGCUCAGCAUCCAGCUGUCUACACCCAGAUCUGCAAAUACAGCUCCUGGAUAGAGAAAACCAUACGCUCCAACUGACCCAGAGGCCCUGCCACUCCACCAGCUGCCGUCUUGCUCCUUCCUUCACAGUUGUGGGGGCUGAAUUCUCCCCCUGUUCUGUUCGAACCUCUGCUGCCCAACACCUGCUAACAUCUCUCCUCAUCUCCCCCUGCCUACUGCUGCUCUUUCCGCACUUUGAAGCCAAAGUGUCAAUAGAGGUGGUCAAGUUUAAUUCAAGAAAAGCAAGGAAGCUGGUGGUCACCCAGCAUCUGAGAGAAGUCGUCACUCACUCAGCCUUCCUCCCUCUGCUACUCCCUGCUGUGUGACCUCGGGCAAGCAGAGUAACCUGUCUGGGCCUCUGUUUCUUUGUCUG